AUGCCUCGAGCCAAAAGGCUUGCUGCCUGUUUUUCUGUUUUGGUGGUGGUGAUGGUGGUCUUGAGAGCCAUCAGUGUUUCGCAGCUACAGUUGGGGGAUGCCUUGUACUUGACGAAGAAUUCGAUCAAAGAAUAUAGGCUUUCGGCAAUUUGCAAAAGCAGAAUCCUUCCAGGGUGCAACAAUUACAAAAUGCAUGAGCAAAACGAAUAUGACGACGAAACAAGGGAAAAAGUCAUUGCCUUUGAUCUCGACUUGGAUAGCCCCUUCACGAAUGUGGUGAACUCGGUGUUUCCCAUUGAUCUGAUUGUUUCGUAUAAUCGCUCGAACGAAACGUACGAGAUGAUAGCCAGGUACGCCUCUUUCAGCCCGAUCAUCAGUCGGUCCAUGGUUUCGGAGUAUGCCAUAGUGCCAGGGUUUGCCUGUGACGGUCCCUUGAACCCAAACUUGAAGGGUGAGCUCUCAGACAAAAUUUUGAUUGUUCUUCGUGGCCAGUGUACAUUUGUUCAGAAAAUCCUGAACUUGCUCAAUUCCGAGCUCAACCCUCGAGCUAUCAUCGUUGCAAACGAUGAGCCCUACAGAGCGCUCAUCACCAUGUACCUGGCGUCUUUCAACUCUGACGGCAAGCUCAAGACCCCUAUUCUCUUCAUUCUGAAUGAGAAUUUCGUACAGCUAAAGGGACUUUCCCUGGAACAAUUGAAGCUCCUGAUUCGAACAGCUGCGUUUGACAAUUGGAUCAAUUUACUUCUUUCCAUGGCUGUUUCACCACCUCUACUCAUCCUCUCAUGCUACAUCAUCAUCAGAUCCCUUCAGAUGUGCCGCAAGCGGCGCGUGAGUGCUUUGAAUGAGCGGAUUGUGAAAAAUCUUCCCGUGUACAUAUAUCACAGAAACCAUUUAGUGCCAGCAGAGAAAUUCUACGACUACUUGAACGCAACUCACCAGACAAAUGAGAUUCCCCUGGUACCAUCUUCGUCAGAAGACGUGACAUCUGUGGCAGAAUCAGACGUACCUUACUCAAUGAAGAACUUUGUCAUCAACGGUACGGACCUCUUUUCAUUACGAAAGCCUUUUGGCCUAUUAUUUGCACAUAAGGAUUUUUACCCAACGUUUAAGUGCUCCAUCUGUUUGGACAAAUUCACGCCUCUCCAGCUGAGGGUACUCGUGUUAGAAUGCCACCAUGUAUUUCACGAGAAGUGUCUUUCGAACUGGCUCAUCAAUUUCCGCCGCUCUUGUCCACUUUGCAAUGACACCAUCAGACCCACGGAGAUACUGCCGCUACUCGGAACCCCAAGACAAACUAUGACACACCAACUGUCAUUUGAUUUAGGUGCAAUCGAAAGAGGACUAGGAAUCGAGGGCACACGGCGCUCCUCGCACAUCAAUAUAGGCUCACUGCCUGAGGUGCGUUCUACAGCUGCUAUAAGGAGCUUGCAGUUUGAGCCGGCCUCAACUGAUAGAGAUCUGGGUGGAAGGCUGGAUGAAUGUGUCGAGCUGGACUCCACUUCGAACUCUUCAUUCAUCACGUCCAACUCGCAGCCACAAUCUUUAACCCACACCGCAACGACAUUUUCGCAGUCGUCAUCGUACUUCACUCCAAAUCAGUCAGUUGACAGUCGAGCUACCAACGGGCUGCCUAUGCAUAACGAGUACUCUCAGGACACAAUCAUGCUUGAUGGAGGACAGCAUGAGAGACCUGGUCAAUCUCGCAUGUCUACGUUGAUGUUUCCAACGUCACCUUCAUCAUCUCCGGCACCCACGAUCUGCAUGAACGACCACUGA